GCCGAGAAAAAUGCAAUGCAGUCCCUCCAUCUUAAAAGGAUCCCUUGGACUCCAAUUGUGGUCACUACUUAGCCCUAGGUCACACUAAAGAGAGCUCUCGAGGGUCUACAUGCUCCAAUCUUGGCCUCUACUUAGCCCUAGUUGAGAUACCAGAGAGAGCACCCAAACCCCAGAAAAUGGAUUCUUCUUGGCACGGGAAUUUGCCAGCAAAAAGAAAGAAGGCGAUAGAUGAGCUAGUUAGAGGUCAAGAAAUUGCAGCACAACUUAAACUUGUAAUGAACAAGUCUGUUGGGGUUGAUGAGUCUCUGUUUGCUGAGGAUCUUGUCAAGAAAAUCAUGAAUUCUUUCAAUAGUUCUCUUUAUUUAUUAAAUGGGGGUGAGUUUGAUGAGGUUGCCUCCCAAAUUCCGCAAGUGGGUUCACCUUGUUGGGAUGGCCGGAAGUCGUCGAAGGAUUCCGGGGAGAGUGGCAAGGGUACUGCCGGGUUGAAGGUGAAGGACAGGAGAGGAUGUUACAAGAGAAGAAAGAGUUCCCACUCAAGAACAGAUGACUCCACUACUCUAACCGAUGAUGGCCAUGCAUGGAGAAAAUAUGGACAGAAAGUGAUCCUCAAUACUAAAUAUCCAAGGAACUACUUCAGGUGCACUCACAAGUAUGAUCAACAUUGUCAAGCAAUCAAGCAAGUGCAAAGAAUUCAAGAAGAACCUCCUCUAUACCGGACAACAUAUUAUGGGCAUCACACGUGCAAGAAUUUGCUAAAAGCUUCUCAGUAUGUCUUGGAUCCAAGUGAUCACCACGACAUAGAUUCCUCGAUACUGAUAAGCUUUAACAGCAAUGGUGAUCACCCUUCAAGCAAACCAAGCAACUCCCUCCCCACAUCCUUCCAAACAGUAAAACAAGAAUGUUGCCACAAGGAUGAUAACAUGAACAUACCAAGUUAUGAUCCAACCACCCACUAUAGUAAUCAAGCAUCAUCUGAUUAUCUCUUGUCACCUGAUAAUUAUAUGUCUGCAUUUGAUCACGGCGAUGUGAUUUCUGGGGUCAACUCAUCUUGCACAACGAGCUCACACAGUUUGGACAUGGAUGGUAUCAUGAUGGAAUCUGCUGAUUUCGAUGAUGAUGGUGUUUUCGGAUUUUAACCUUGAUAGAUAAUUAUUUUCACGACAUUAGAUAUUGCAGCUUCUUUGUAAUUUCCGCCUGGUGAUCAAGAAUGUCCUGGUUAUUUUCUUUGAAAAGUGUUAGAAGCUGCCUAGCUAGGUACGUAGCUAGGUUAGCACAAUGUAGAAACUAGGUGUGUCUCUUUCUUUUUUUGCUUUUGGACUGUGUACUUAAUUUGCUUAUAAAUUAAGGAAAUAAUCGAGGUGCAGUACUUUCCAGUCUCUA